AUGGAAUCCAUGUCAGUCCUGAACCCCGAGGUUCCACUCUCGAAUCCCACAUCCACGAGCGAUGGAUCCCCGAACCACUCGAUCUUGGUGCCCGACACAACACCACCUGCUUCCCGCGAUUCACCUAACACCACCUCGUCGGCGACCAGUGAAGCCCGCCCGACUCAACCGCCGACCACCCCGGCAGCAUGUCUAGGUUGCCGCAGCAAGCACCUCAAGUGCGACGGGCAGAACCCUUGCGGUCGCUGCAGAGCGUCCGAGUCGGAAUGCGUCUACGUAGCGUCCCGCCGCGGCUACAAGGGACCGCGACGAGGCACCGCCGCCAACCCGAACAAACGAGCUCGAUCCUCGUCACCACCCACGUCCACCGUCAGCAUUGGCGACAGCUGUCCCAUGCUGCUGGGAGCAACUACCUCCGCUGCCAUGCCGGUCUCCAUGGCUCCCUACGCUCUUGGCGGUCCGGUAUUGCCCAACACGCCUCAAGCGGCAUAUGCAGGCACGCCGCAUCUCAGCGAUAUCCACAAUCUGCAGCUCUACCGGCCCUUCGGUAACCCCAAUGGCUAUCAAUCGAACCAGCUGAGCCUGAGCCACCAUGGCGACUUAAUCCCGACGCAUGGACCUGUCCAAAACCCCGCCGAGCGUUGCCUCGACUCCUUUUAUCGACAUUUUCAUGCCGGUCACCCCUUCGUCUUGCCAAAGGAAUGGCUGUUCCGCGUUCUUGGAGAUGCGGAUAUCGAGCCCCUCCUGGCUGCCAUGCGCUGGGUGGGAUCCCUCUUUGUCGAUGUUGGGCCAGCCCGCGCGGCCUUCUUCGAGGAAGCUAUGCGUCUCGUGCAAGAUCCUUCCACGAAGAAGGAUGGUUUCCUUGUCCAGGCAAUUACGCUCCUCAUCGUAGGCACCGACGGCAGUUGCCAGCAGGAGAAGGCUCGGCAGCUGCUCGCUGAUGCCGAGCGCAUCGCCCUCGAGAUUGAGCUCAACACCCGCGCAUACGCCACCGUGCACGGGCGCGGAAUACCGAUAUUGGAGGAAAGCUGGCGGAGAACGUGGUGGGAUUUAGGCGUUGUUGACAAAUUGGAGGAUGCACCUACCGCCUGCCAAGCGCGAUGCGCUCAGCCAAAAGUGCAGUCUGAUGAGAUGAUCUUCCAGGCUAGCAUGAUGACACAUGCAACCUCUAUCAUGCUGCACCAGCCGCUCUCCCAGCUCGACUCGUCUCCGACCCGUUCCGUUACGUCUUGUGCGCCUCAUCGCCCGGUGCCGUCGGGAGAUUAUUUCAAUGCCCACACGAACCAUACUGUAACCUCAGCCGCCGAAAUCAGCAAGAUGAUUACACACCGUGUCCCACUGAUAUCGCACACUCACUUCUUCACCUGCGUUAUCACACUUUCGUCCAUCGUCCAUCUCAGCCGAUGGGCCCUCAUUUACAUCCCUCAUGACGACGACGAGCUGCGUCAGCAGUUGCGGCUCAAUAUUGGUGCGCUCAGCGAGCUUUCCGGUGUUUGGAGAGCAGCUGACACAGCCUCAGGGCAGGUCAAGGGCGUGGCGCAGGAGAUUUACCGCGCGAAGAAGGCCUCGCAGAUCAACCCUGGAUACUGGACUGGGUACAGUUCCGAAGAAGUCAUGACGAGCAUUGCUACAGAUGAGACCAUUAUGAACGAGAUAGAGGUCGGACUACCGACAGGUAUGCCUUCUAUGGAUGGGAUUUGA